GAAAAGAGAACGACGGAAGAAGAAAACGUGCCGCCAAACUCUCUUGCGUGCAGAAGGCUAGGCGAUUGGAAAAAUUGGUCAUUGAGCGAGUCAACGACUGAGCAUCUGAGCCUGAUUCCAACUCUUCAUUCUCCAUUUCUCCGACCUCCGUGGCUCCGUGAGUCCGUUCUCUAUUUCUCCAAGCGGAAAGAGUGAAGAGCAGAAGAGACACAAUGUAUUAAAAAGUCUUAGUGAUCUUGCUCGAGUGAUGAUGGAUACAAGGAAACAUCUUUCACAUCCUUUGGUGUAUAAGCUUUUAAAGCUAGCAUUGACUUUGCCAGUUGCCACAGCAACCGUAGAGAGGUGUUUUUUCCGCUAUGAAAAUAGUGAAGACUAACUUGCGUAAUAGAAUUGGCGAUAAGUAUUUGAGUGAUUGUCUGAUUUGUUUUAUUGAAAGAGAUGUGUUUGAAACUGUUACAAAUGAAACUGUAAUGGAUCUCUUCCAAAAGAUGAAAACUCGGCGCGAACAAUUGUGAUGUAUUUGGUAAGACUUUAAUUAUUGUAACAUUACAUUAAUACUUUAUUAUUAUUAUUAUUAUUAUUAUUAUUAUUAUUAUUAUUAUUAUUAUUAUUAUUAUUAUUAUUAUUAUUAUUAUUUUGAUGCAUUUUUUUCUGCCCCCAAUAACUUCUAAUCCUGGAUCCGCCACUGGAAGUACCUAAACUUGAUUUUGUGUUAAUUGAGUACACAUUUUUUAACUCUUUUCUGUUAAAAAAAGGUGAAAUGGCAAAGAUGAACCGUUUAUUUUUACCUGUAUUCUCCCGUUCAACACCUAUUCACAUCUAUUAUCCCUAAUUACCUUAGGACUUCACUGCAUCUCCUCUUCUUUCUUCUGUUAGUCUUUUCUCUUCUCCUGCUUUGCUUUCUUUUUCUAUACGGAGUACGUAGUAUAUCUUAUUCUUCUUUUUAUCUUCUUAUUCCUGCUACAUAAUUCCUUGAAACUUGAUGAGAUUCCGUUUCCAUGUAAAUACAAAGUUGCAAUGAGUAUAACCUAUGUGGGGGUUGUUUGCGGGGUUAUUGAAUAACAAAGAGCGGGAAGCCUAACAAUGAAAAACUAAUGAAGGGAAACAAUGUUUGGUAGAAGAGGACACACUUGGGAUGGUCGGAAGAGAUAAAGUCAAAGGGCCUUACGGCCAUAAAAAAGAGAAUACAAUGGGUAUAACUAAACCCAUCCUAUUGCCUCUAUUAUGACCAAAUCCAGUUUCCAUUAAUUGGGGACUACUUGAUGAAUAGGAACAUAUGGGGUGGACUUUUUUAACCGAACCUAUUAGCCAUCAUUUUUAACAGACAUACUAAAUUGACACUAUAAUAUUGACACAUAUUCCAUUUACAGAAUGUGCGCUGUGAAGCGACAGCUUGAUAAUAUUUGAGCAGGCCCUCUCUGUAUGCCUGCAUAGAACGUCUGCCGCCCCUCUAGUAAAUGGAAUGUUGCAAAAGAUAAUUGCUUCAUCUAUGAGCACCUGCAAGCUCUACACUCAAACACAAAGAUGCCACGACUCUCUAUUUACUUUAAUUUCAAAAGCAUUGUCUUUGUCUAAAAACCCAAGAGAUGUACACAAAGUUCACGCCUUUAUAAUCUUGUCAGGCCACCAGCACUCUGUGUUCUUAUCCGGCAAACUCAUUUCCAGGUAUUCAGAGAUCAAAGACCCAGUCUCUUCAAUGGCCGUUUUUCACUUAAAUUCACAGACAAAAAAUGUAUAUUUGUGGAAUACCAUCAUCAGGUCCAUGACCCAUACUGGACAGUUCUCUACGGCGUUGGAGUUUUAUUCACAUAUGAGAAAAUCAGAUAUUAAACCGGAUAACUAUACUUUCCCCUCAGUUAUUAAUGCCUGCGGCAGUUUAUCCGACUUUGAGAUGGGAACAGUUGUUUAUGGGCACGUGCUAGAAAUGGGUUUCCAGUCGGAUUUGUAUAUUGGUAAUGCUCUGAUUGAUAUGUACGCUAGGAUGAAUGAUUUGGGGCGAGCACGGAAAGUGUUCGAUGGAUUGCCUAGUAAAGAUGUGGUUUCUUGGAAUACUCUCAUCUCUGCAUAUAGUGCCAACGGGUAUUGGGAAGAAGCUCUUGAAGUUUUUCAUCAGGCUAGAUUAUUUGGAGUGGAGCCUGAUUCUUUUACUCUGUCGAAUGUUUUACCAGCAUGUGGGGGACUGCUGAAGGUCACGCAGGGGCAGAUAGUUCACGGGUUGGUGGAGAAGGUAGGAACUAAAAAAGAUAUAACUGUUAAUAACGGAUUGCUAUCAAUGUACUUUAAGCUUGAGAGGCCAAUGGAUUGUGAGUUGCUCUUCUCUGAGAUGACUCACAGAGACACAGUCACCUGGAACAUUAUGAUUUGUGGGUAUUCACAGUUGGGUUUAUAUAACGAGUCGAUCCAACUGUUUCUAGAAAUGGACGGUUGUGAAUGUAUUAGACCGGAUUUGAUGACACUAGCUUCCCUUCUGAAUGCUUGUGGUCAUGUAAGAGACUUGAGGUUAGGGAAGUAUAUUCAUCACGACUUCAUAGUUAAAAACAAAUACGAAUGCGACAUCACGGCUAACAACAUCAUAAUCAACAUGUAUGCAAAAUGUGGUGAAUUAAAGGCUUCAAGAGAUGUUUUCAGCAGAAUGAAAUGCAGGGAUUCAGUAUCAUGGAACUGUUUAAUCAACGGAUAUGCUGAAAAUGGGUCCUACACGGAUGCAAUACAACUUUUCAAAACAAUGAAGAGGGAAACAGUUCCUGAUUCUGCAACUUAUGUGACUCUUCUAUCAGUAUGUACACAAGCGGAAAACAUAGAUUUCGCUAGACAACUCCACUCUGACAUAAUGAAGAGAGGAUUUGAAUCCAUUCUGAUUCUUGGAAAUUCCUUGGUGGAUAUGUAUGCCAAAUGUGGACACAUCCAUGACUCUCUCAAACAUUUCCAGAACAUGGACUCUCAAGACACUGUCACAUGGAACACUAUAAUCACAGCAUGUAGAGAGGAUUGUGCUAUGGGAUUCAGAAUGGUUAGGAAGAUGAGAUAUGAUGGAAUUGAGCCGGAUGCCACUACUUUUUUAGUCUCGCUCCCUCUAUGUUCCAUUCUUGCCGCUAAAUGGAAAGGCAAAGAAAUUCACAACCAGAUUCUGAGGCUUGGUUUCCAAUCAGAUGUCCCGAUCGGCAAUGCCCUGAUUGAAAUGUACUCAAAAAGUGGGUCCUUGACGACUGCUGUGAGGGUCUUUGACGGCAUGAUGGAAAAAGACAUAGUCACAUGGACUUCAAUGAUAACUGCUUAUGGAAUGUAUGGUGAAGGAAAGAAAGCUCUGGGAGUUUUUGAUGAUAUGAAAAAAACACCCGGAAUCCUUCUCGAUCAUAUUGUGUUUGUUUCCAUCUUAUAUGCAUGUAGCCAUUCAGGUCUUGUAGAAGAAGGCCGAACCCACUUUGACCAGAUGAAGAGAGAGUAUCACAUGGAGCCCAGACUAGAACACUAUGCAUGCAUGGUGGACCUAUUUUCUCGAUCCGGGCUAGUUUCUGAAGCGGAGGAGUUUAUUCUCUCCAUGCCAAUCAAGCCAGAUGUUACUAUUUGGGGCGCUCUUUUGAGUGCUUGCCGGUCAAGUAGGGACACCAAAACUGCUGAGCGGGCCCUCCACAAUCUCUCUCAUUUGAAUUCAGAUGAUCCAGGCUAUCACGUUCUUGCGUCCAACGUGUACGCAACAUUGGGAAAUUGGGACAAAGUGAAGAAGAUAAGAAAAUCUAUCAAGUCAAGGGGGAUGAAAAAAGAACCUGGAUCUAGCUGGGUGGAGAUAAACAAUAAGGUUUAUGUUUUUAUUGCCGGAGACAGGUUGUUCGAACAGUAUGCAGAGGUUAAGAAUCUAUUAUGGAUUCUUUAUGGUUUGAUGGCUAAAGAAGGUUAUGUAGCAGACCUACACAGUGUGUUGCAUGAUGUGGACGAUGAUGAGAAGGUGGAGGUGCUUUGCGGGCACAGUGAACGGAUAGCCAUAGCAUUUGGGUUAAUAAACACAAAACCAGGGACUCCUCUUCAAAUAAUGAAGAACCUCAGGGUUUGUGGGGAUUGCCAUACUGCAACCAAGUAUAUAUCAAAAGUAGUGAACAGAGAGAUAUUAGUAAGGGAUGCUAACCGGUUUCACUUAUUCAAGGAUGGUACAUGUAGUUGUCGCGAUCUGUGGUGAUUCUUAUGGAGGCUAUAACUAACAGCGGUUAGCCAUUUUAACUUCAAAUGUCACCGGGAAGCUAAAAGAGCAGAUGCCAUGCAGUAAAGAAUCCAACAUGAGAGUGGGAUGGUUCAACAUAUACAAACAACAGAGAUACUCUGCAAGAAUCUGUUUUAAGAGGUCAUUAUGAAUGGGAAUACCUCGAUGCUCACUAGGGCAUGCUAAUGGGAGUCAAUUCAUACACUUAACUUGAGAUAUUGCAGAAAGCCAAAAACUACUGAAUCCGCCCCCCAAUAAAACAAUGCCAUAUUCACAAAGGGCACUGUCAUUACAAUUGCAGCGCCGGUUGUGAGGACUCGUGCCGAGAUAGCCUUCUUUCAGCAGGGAAGAAAGCAGAUACAGUUUUCAGCAGGGAACCUAGUAUCCUGGAAGAGUAAGAAACAAAGUGUGGUUUCUCGUUCAAGUGCCGAAUCAGAAUAUCGAGCUAUGGCACAAUCUUCAUGUAAGAUCAUAUAGAUAUGCCAUUUAGUGAGUGAAAUCGGAUUGAAGACACCAAUGCCUGCUAAAUUGUGGUGUGAUAAUCAAGCUGCUAUACACAUUGCCAACAACCCAGUAUUUCAUGAGAGAACAAAACAUAUUGAGGUUGAUUGUCAUUUUAUUCGAGAGAAGAUACAGAAAGGAUUGAUCUCUACGGGAUAUGUGAAGACUAGAGAACAACUUGAAGAUUUGUUCACUAAAGCACUAAAUGGGAUCUGAGUUGGUUAUUUAUGUAACAAGUUGGGCAUGAUAAAUAUCUAUGCUCCAACUUGAGGGGGAGUGUGAAAAAUAUAGAAUAUACUUUUAGAGUAUUAGAAUAUACUUCCGAAUAUUUUAGGAAUAUACUUUAAAGUAUUAUUAUUGUAUAGAAUCUUAUAUAGGAAUGUUCUAUUUGUAAUGUAUAUUUAUAGGGACUUACACAACUAAUGAAAAUCC